AUCUUUUUUUACUAUUUAAUAGCUUUAUGGAAGCACUUUGAGUGGGUGAAACCCAUUACCCAUUUGGAAAUGAUAGCCAUGGCAGAUAAUUUCAAAUCCAAAUGUUCCAGCUUUUUGCUCUUGAGCUGAAAAGUAAACACUGAAAGAGGCUUUUAGCAUUAAGCUGUUGAAACUAGCCUGAAAUGAUCCCAUCUGUUCAUUCGGUGAAUAAAACAAAAAAUGCUUUUGGUGCUUUCACCACAGCACUUGUUGAAGUAUGUUCAUGAUGAAGGGUACAUUUUAGUUUUUAAAUGCAGAACCAUUACAAGUUACAGUUACAUUACAGUACAACUGUUGCUUUUAACUGUUGCCUUACAUGUGUUGACUGGUUGUGUGUGUGUGUCUUUACAUAGUCAGCUUGAAGUCAACAAGUCACCAUUCUUGGGUGACAUCCGUUAGGAUCAAUACUGGAUUAUUGCUUGUUUGCUAAAUCCUGUGAUGAAUUCAAUGAUUGUCAAAGCCUUUCAUCUUGCAAUACUGUGGUGUAAAACUUGAUCUCUGAUGCAUUAGAUUAUUUUCCAACCACUAAGAUUACUGCAUCAAAUGACAACUGGCAGGGGCAGAAUAGGAACACAUUGUACUGCAGUAAGGCUGUGAGAAGCUGUGCAUUGUCCCAACUGCUGAACAGACUUGCAGUCUGGCCUCUGCCUUUCCCUGUGCGAAUCCUAAAGGAGCUUAUGCUGUAAUAUCCUGAUGGGAACGGGUUUGUUUUAAGCUCGCGGCGCACCACUGAUCAUAACGAGUAUUCCAGGAGUGUCUGUGAUAAAUCUGAUCAUGACGCGUCUCCAGCAACAUGGAUCUGUUGUCGUGACCCCUCCUGGGACCCCCUGCCUGGUGGGCGUUCAAACCUGUUUGUCUUUUCCGUGGAUGUGGAGAGAGCUUCUGACUUGCCCCACCACGAGGAGAGAGCGAAGGAGCCAAUAGAGGAAGCUGAUAUAAGGGGAGGGGUCAUCCAAUACCAGCACUUCUGAAACCCUCAGAAGAGGGGCUGUUCGGACACUGACGAGCACGGGGUAACUUGAUUCGGAGAGCUUUGCGGUCCUGCCAGAAGCAUUUGUCCGUCUUAAAGCAUGAUCCCGACUAAAAUGCUGGUGUACAGAGGGCCCGAUGGGGGCACGCGUUCAGAAACGUUGGUAACGACACGGAGGCGCAAGAAAUCGUGCGGGGAUCUCUUUCAGAACGGCUACAGGGUCAAAAUGGGUCACGGACAGGCCUGUGAGAAGAAGGACCAGGAUAACCUGUGCCACAGUUUGAUCUCCUGCUUCCGUGUGAUAUCAUACUGGGGCUUGAGGUUUUUAAGAGCCUUAAGAUUGAUACAGUUCUCAGAAAUAUUACAGUUUUUGAAUAUAUUAAAAACAAGCAACUCCAUAAAACUGGUGAACUUGUGUUCCAUCUUCAUAAGCACGUGGCUAACAGCAGCUGGAUUCAUACAUUUGGUGGAGAACUCAGGAGACCCUUGGGAAAACUUCCAGAAUUCCCAAGACCUUUCCUAUUGGGAAUGUGUGUACUUACUCAUGGUCACCAUGUCCACUGUAGGCUAUGGAGACGUUUAUGCAAAAACCACCCUGGGUCGUCUUUUCAUGGUCUUCUUCAUCCUCGGUGGUUUGGCCAUGUUUGCAAGCUACGUCCCUGAAAUCAUAGAGUUAAUAGGCAACCGCAAGAAAUAUGGUGGUUCCUAUAGUGCGGUUAAUGGGAGAAAGCACAUCGUGGUCUGUGGUCACAUAACACUUGAGAGUGUUUCGAACUUCCUGAAAGACUUCCUACACAAGGACAGGGAUGAUGUCAAUGUAGAAAUUGUUUUUCUCCAUAAUAUUUCCCCUAAUCUUGAGCUGGAAGCCUUGUUCAAGCGCCACUUCACCCAAGUGGAGUUUUACCAAGGAUCUGUUCUCAACCCACACGAUCUGGCUAGAGUCAAGAUUGAGUCAGCUGACGCCUGUCUGAUUUUAGCCAACAAAUACUGCGCCGACCCUGAUGCAGAGGAUGCGUCCAAUAUUAUGAGGGUGAUAUCCAUCAAGAACUACCACCCGAAGAUCAGAAUCAUCACUCAGAUGUUGCAGUACCAUAACAAGGCCCACCUUUUAAACAUUCCAAGUUGGAACUGGAAGGAGGGAGACGAUGCGAUUUGUCUUGCUGAGCUGAAGCUGGGGUUCAUCGCUCAGAGCUGCCUGGCGCAGGGCCUGUCUACCAUGUUGGCCAACCUGUUCUCCAUGAGGUCCUUUAUCAAGAUUGAAGAGGACACAUGGCAGAAGUAUUACCUGGAAGGUGUAGCCAAUGAGAUGUACACAGAGUAUCUGUCCAGUGCCUUUGUAGGCUUAUCCUUUCCCAUGGUUUGCGAACUCUGCUACGUCAAGCUUAAGCUGCUGCUGAUAGCCAUCGAGUACAAGUCUGAUCAAAGAGAAAGCAGCACCCUCAUCAAUCCUGGCAACCAUGUUAAAAUGCAGGAGGGAACUUUGGGGUUCUUUAUUGCCAGUGAUGCCAAAGAAGUGAAAAGGGCACUAUUUUACUGCAAAGCUUGCCAUGAUGACAUCACAGACCCUAAAAGGAUUAAGAAAUGUGGAUGCAAGAGAUCUAAAAAUAGCUAUAACGGAUAUAUCAAAUCAAUGGAAGAGGACCAGCAGUCGGCUCUGUCGCCUCAGAAGAAACAACAACGCAACGGAGGCAUGAGAAACUCACCCAACUCCUCGCCCAAAAUGAUGAGGCAUGACCCUUUACUCAUCCCGGGGAACGAGCAGAUUGAGAGCAUGGACGGGAACGUGAAGAAAUACGACUCCACCGGGAUGUUUCACUGGUGCCCGUCCAAAGACAUCGAGAAGGUCAUGUUGACCCGCAGCGAGGCGGCCAUGACCGUGCUCAGUGGCCACGUGGUCGUCUGCAUCUUUGGGGACGUGAAGUCUGCGUUGGUGGGCCUGCGGAACCUAGUGAUGCCGCUCCGAGCCAGCAACUUCCACUACCACGAACUGAAGCCCAUCGUGUUCGUGGGCUCCCUGGAGUACCUGAAGAGGGAGUGGGAGACCCUCCACAACUUCCCCAAAAUCUCCAUCUUACCCGGCACACCGUUAAGCCGGGCAGAUCUGAGAGCUGUCAACAUCAACCUUUGCGACAUGUGUGUCAUCCUGUCAGCCAAUCAGAACAACAUCGACGAUGCGUCUCUGCAGGACAAAGAAUGCAUCUUGGCGUCGCUCAACAUCAAGUCUAUGCAUUUUGACGACAGCAUCGGGGUCUUGCAGGCUAAUUCCCAAGGUUUCACACCACCUGGAAUGGACAGGGCGUCCCCAGACAGCAGCCCUGUGCACGGGCUGGCACGCCAGAGCUCCAUCACUACAGGAGCCAACAUCCCCAUCAUCACUGAGCUGGCUCCGUUAGCCAAACCAGGCAAAGUACUGCCUGUGAUUUCAUUCAGUCAGGAUAAAAGCAGUGGGAACAACUUACAAAUGAUAACUGAGCUGGUGAACGACUCCAACGUUCAGUUCUUGGACCAGGAUGACGACGACGACCCGGACACAGAGCUGUACCUAACACAGCCCUUCGCCUGCGGGACGGCGUUCGCCGUCAGCGUGCUGGACUCUUUGAUGAGUGCGACAUACUUCAACGAUAAUAUCCUCACCUUGAUCCGGACGCUGGUCACAGGCGGGGCCACCCCGGAGCUGGAGGGGCUGCUGGCGGAGGAGAACGCGCUGCGAGGCGGGUACAGCACGCCACAGACCCUGGCCAACAGGGACAGGUGUCGCGUGGCACAGCUGGCCUUGUACGACGGGCCCUUUGCAGACUUGGGGGAUGGUGGCUGUUAUGGGGAUUUAUUUUGCAAAGCAUUAAAAACGUACAACAUGUUAUGCUUUGGAAUCUACCGAUUAAGAGACGCGCAUCUCAACCAGCAGAGCCAGUGCACUAAGCGCUAUGUGAUAACUAACCCACCCUACGCGUUUGAGCUGGUGCCCUCCGACCUGAUCUUCUGCCUGAUGCAGUUCGACCACAACGCAGGCCAGUCCAGGACCAGCCUGUCUCACUCCUCCCAUUCCUCUCAUUCCUCCAGCAAAAAGAGCUCCUCAGUCCACUCCAUCCCCACCAUCAACCGUUCCAACCGGGCCAAAAGCAGGGACUCGCGAGACAAACAGAAUGCAACAAGGAUGAAUAGAAUGGGCCAAGAAAAGAGCCAGUAUACAGAUGAGCAGGACAGCGCCCACCAGAGAACCGGCCAGAUCAAGGCUGCUCACACCACCAACCAAGUCAGUCAGUUCAGAUCCAUGAGCAACCUGAUCCCACCCAUCAGAGAGGUGGAGGAUGAGUGCUGAGGCCUGCUACCAAGCCCACACCUGGGCCCCACACCCAGACCCCCUGGGCCCCACACCCGGACCCCCUGGGCCCCACACCCGGACCCCCUGGGCCCCACACCCGGACCCCCUGGGCCCCACACCCAGACCCCCUGGGCCCCACACCCGGACCCCCUGGGCCCCACACCCGGACCCCACACCCGGACCCCCUGGACCCCACACCCGGACCCCCUGGACCCCACACCCGGACCCCCUGGACCCCACACCCGGACCCCACACCCGGACCCCGGACCCCCUGGGCCCCACACCCGGACCCCCUGGACCCCACACCCGGACCCCCUGGACCCCACACCCGGACCC